CACUCUCUCUCUCUCCUUAUUCAUGUGCGUCCGUCUGUCUCCAUUCUUCAAUAAAAAAAAAACCAGAGAGAGGAAGAGGAGAAGAGAGCCUUGAUGGGAGAAAUCAAGGAAGAGUGCACGAGCCCCGACAAGAGGAAGGUGGCGUUGUACUCGAGCGGGGAGAGCAAGGCAAUCGCGAGUGCGUGCGAAACGGCGUCAUCGCUUGGAAGCAUCGGCCCCGAACUAUCGCAUCUCAGGUGGGGGAUGUGGUACAAGCUCCGAGAACUCGAAGCCGCCACUAAUGGGUUGUGCGAAGAGAACGUCAACGGCGAAGGUGGCUACGGAAGUGUGUACCGUGGCUUGUUUCCCAAUGGCACCAAGGUUGCUGGAGACCUGGAUCUGAUUUGCCCAAAGGGCUUGCAAAUAUGCUUGGUUGCUCUUUUGUCCAGGUUGAUUGACUUGGUUGAUCAGGAUCAGUUCUCAAAAUUGAAGCCUGUGGAAGGCCAAUUAGGCCAUGCCCUCACCACCACCAUGAAUAGAGGAUGCCAUCGUUCAACAAAGCCUGUGGACCUGCACUGGAUAUUCAGACUAAACAUUUCACCCCUUAUGGCUUGGUUCCACCACUCUAAGGGGCUGGUUGGCAGUAUAUCCUCUGCAACUUAUCCCGUGUGAAGCUGUUGCCACCGGUAGGGUAUGUGUUCACCACAUUUUGUUGUUGUCUGGCUUGUUUUUGCUCUAUUCAAUUUUAUUCCUACACAGGUUGUUGAGUUGUUGGGGUCAUUUGGAUAGGUUUACCUGUGAUUCCCACUAUUUGGCAAGGUUUAUUUUAUUUGUAACAAGCUGAGAGCUUAAUAGCCUUAGCUAGAUGGGAGUGUUAGAAUAUUAACAUUAUUACAUUAUUUGCCAUUUUAUAAUGACUCAUAUUUGUGUAUUUUUGCAUUUUAUAACUACA